AUGGCUGAAGAAGACUCUUCUUCCUCAUCUACUGCUGCCUCUCAGGAACAAGAACAAUUAAAAAACAGAAACUUGAUCAUAUUCUCUGGGGCAACAGACCACCACCCAGAUGACUUAACUAAAGGCCCCACUACUCUAUCCAGUUUUGCUGUUACUAAGCCUGGCGUUGGCUCAGCUAAGAAGUUGGUGAUCAAAAACUUUAAAGAUAAACCCCUACUGUUGAAAAAUUACAGUGAAGAAACAUGGCAAAAAUUAAAAGAAGCUAUACGAGCUAUCCAGAAUAAUACUUCUAUUAAAUACAGCUUAGAAGAACUCUAUCAGAAUGUUGAAAACCUUUGCUCCUGCAAUUUAUCUGCAAUCAUAUAUGAAGAAUUGAGGAGGCUUUGUGAAGACCACAUCAAAGCACAAAUUCAUCAGUUCAGAGAGGGUUCUUUGGAUAGUGACCUUUUUCUAAAGAAAAUGGAUAAAUGCUGGCAGGAUCAUGGCAGACAAAUGAUUAUGAUUAGGAACAUAUUUCUGUUCCUAGAUAGAACUUACGUUUUUCAAAUUUCAAUGGUGUCUUCCAUUUGGGACAUGGGGAUAGAAUUAUUUAAGUCCUGUGUGAUUUGUGAUCAGAAGAUUCAAAGCAGGACUAUAGAUAGCAUUCUUCUGUUGAUUGAAAAAGAAAGAAAUGGAGAAAUGGUUGACAGAUGUUUGAUUCAAAGGCUUUUAGCUAUGCUUUCUGAUUUACAGAUUUACCAAGAGUCUUUUGAAAGUAAAUUUUUAGAAGAAACAAGCAGAUUCUAUGCCGCAGAGGGAAGGAAGCUAGCACAAAAAAGAGAGAUUCCAGGGUGCCUUUACCACAUCAAGAAGCUCUUAGAAGAAGAAAUAGACAGAGUUAGAACCUACCUGCGCCUGAACACACAGAAACUGCGAAUUGCUAUUGUAGAAAAGCAGCUUCUAGGUGAACAUUUGUCAGCAGUUCUUCAGAAAGGCUUAAGUCAUCUUCUUGAUGAAAACAGAAUUCAGGAUUUGUCCCUACUGUACCAGCUGUUUAAUAGGGUAGAAUGUGGAGUUCAGGUUCUUCUCCAUCAUUGGAUUGAUUACAUACAGAAGUUUGGUAGUACCAUAGUUAUUAAUCCUGAGAAAGAUAAGACGAUGGUGCAAGAACUCCUGGAUUUUAAAGAUAAGAUUGAUUUUAUUAUUGAUACUUCUUUUCUGAAGAAUGAGAAGUUUAUUGUUGCUAUGGAAGAGGCGUUCGAAACGUUUAUUAACAAACGACCUAACAAACCAGCCGAGCUUCUAGCAAAGUAUGUGGAUUCAAAACUUUGUUCAGGUAACAAAGAAACUACAGAUGAAGAACUAGAAGAGUUGUUAGAUAAAAUAGUGGUUAUACUUAGGUUCAUUUAUGGGAAAGAUGUUUUUGAAGCUUUCUACAAAAGAGAUUUAGCCAAACGGCUCUUACUUGGUAAGAGUGCUUCCACUGAUGCAGAGAAGUCAAUGCUGUCCAAACUUAAACAAGAAUGUGGAACUGCUUUUACUAAUAAACUUCAGGGAAUGUUUAAAGACAUGGAACUUUCCAAGGACAUCAUGAUUCAGUUAAAAAAGUAUAUGCAAACCCAGAAUACACCUGGAAACAUUGAGCUAACUGUAAAUGUUCUGACUACCAGUUUUUGGCCAGCCUGUAUCCCUAAGGAGGUCCAGUUACCCCUAGAGAUGGAAAGGCUUCAGGAAACUUUCAAGAAUUUUUACUUGAGCAAGCACAGUGGUCGGAAACUUCAGUGGCAGCCAACUCUUGGGCGCUGUGUUGUUAAAGCUGAAUUUAAAAAGGGAAGGAAGGAACUUCAGGCCUCCCUGUUCCAAACAUUGGUGCUAUUGAUGUUUAAUGAAGGAGACCAGUUCAGUUUAGAAGAAAUUAAGACUGCUACUGGACUAGAGGAUAGAGAAUUAAGAAGAACUCUGCAGUCUUUAGCUUGUGGCCGAGCUAGAGUUCUCAUCAAAUAUCCAGUGGGUAGAGAGGUCGGAGAUGACGAUAAGUUCUCCUGUAAUGAGGAAUUCAAACACAGACUCUUCAAGAUAAAGAUCAAUCAAGUCCAGAUGAAAGAAACGGUAGAGGAAAAAACUGUUACCACAGAGAGAGUUUUCCAAGAUAGACAAUACCAGGUUGAUGCUGCAAUUGUUCGAAUUAUGAAGAUAAGGAAAACACUUAACCACAGUGUACUUCUUUCGGAAUUAUAUAACCAGCUAAAAUUCACAUUAAAGCCUGGUGAUCUGAAGAAGAGGAUAGAGUCCUUAAUUGAUAGAGACUACAUGGAAAGAGAUAAAGAGAAUCCGAACCAGUACAAGUAUAUUGCAUAA